CGGGGCGGGGCGGGCGAGCAGUCCUCGCGGAUCAUGGCUGCCCUGCGCGUCCUGCUGCCCCUCGUCCGCGGCCCGCUGCGCCCCCAGCCCCGCUGCGCCGCCCUGCGCCGCUUCGCCUCCGGUGCUGACUUCCAGUACAUCAUCACGGAGAAGAAGGGGAAGAACAGCAACGUGGGGUUGAUCCAGCUGAACCGCCCCAAAGCACUCAACGCGCUCUGCAAUGGGCUGAUGAUGGAGCUCAACCAGGCCCUGGAGGCCUUCGAGAAGGACCCGGCCGUGGGGGCCAUCGUCCUCACGGGCGGGGAGAAGGCGUUUGCAGCUGGAGCUGAUAUCAAGGAAAUGCAGAACCAAACGUUCCAGGACUGUUACUCGAGCAAGUUCUUGAGCCACUGGGACCAACUUGCCCAGGUCAAGAAGCCGGUCAUAGCUGCCGUCAACGGCUACGCUCUUGGUGGCGGCUGUGAACUCGCUAUGAUGUGUGACAUUAUUUAUGCUGGAGAGAAAGCCCAGUUUGCACAGCCGGAGAUCCUGCUAGGAACCAUCCCAGGUGCAGGGGGCACCCAGAGACUGACCCGCGCUGUUGGAAAGUCGCUGGCCAUGGAGAUGGUCCUCACCGGUGACCGGAUCUCUGCCCAGGAUGCCAAGCAAGCAGGUCUCGUGAGCAAAAUUUUUCCCGUGGAGACCUUGGUUGAAGAAGCCAUCCGGUGUGCGGAGAAAAUUGCCAGCAAUUCUAAGAUCGUAACAGCAAUGGCCAAGGAGUCCGUGAACGCAGCUUUUGAAAUGACGCUAACGGAGGGAAACAGGCUGGAGAAGAAGCUCUUCUACGCGACUUUCGCUACUGAAGACCGGAAGGAAGGGAUGACCGCGUUUGUGGAAAAGAGAAAGGCCAGCUUCAAAGACCAGUGAGCGCCUCCGCCUCUGCCUUGAACCCUCGACUCGAAGACAGGAAUUACGGUCUGACGGUCUUAGAAGCAAAUAAAUUCUCUAGUAAAGGGCCCUGUAGGCGGCACGCAGUCUCUGACGCACGGGGCUCUCGCUCUCCUGAGUGGGGGCGGUCUUCACCCGGCGGUCCUGAGACUCCGUGUCUGGAGCCUGUUCUCA